AUACCUUUGAGUAUGACAAUUCUUGCAGUUCAAGACUUGACUAGUUAGAUAAUGAGAGUAUUUGCUGGGCAAAAUUAUGAUUGGAGGAAAGCCUGUCAAGUCUUUUGACAUAAGAUUUUUGGUAAGUUCCGUUGUGGAUGGAGACUUGGAGCAGCAUUGCAGAUUGAGGUAGGCCUGUCCUUGUCGGACAUCCAACAUGACACAUUUAUUCAAGCCCACACUCUUGCCCGUUAUUGGUUAUUGUUCUUUUUAACUUUUCAGAAUGCAUUUGAUCGUGUGAUGCAUUGAUUUUACCUUAGGUUGGGGCGUCUAUUGGCCAUCCAGUAUACUGGAUUUGGUUCUGAUACCUCUUCAAGGAAUCAAGUGAUCGUGAGAUGCUAUUGGUUACUAUUCACAGCUGGAGGCUCGGGAGUUCCAUAAUAUGGGACUCUUAUAGAUCUACUUGUUUUGAUGAACCCUUCUCUUCAAGUAUUGCUGAUUGGAGCUGUUCAACCUUACUUGGGUUAUGCUGUUGCUGAUUCCGUUGUUCAGCAGCUGUCUAGAAGAAAGCAACGGUGCCAUGCGGUGUUUGCCUGGCAUGGUUGGGUGGAUGGACAUGCCUUUCAAAGUUUUAGAAUGGUUUCUAACUUGUUCUUAUAUGCAGGUGCUUUAGGCUUACCUCCAUCUUCUAGAUAGUUCAAAGUUUCAUCCAAAGUAUUCGUGGGGAAAGUGGUUAUGGCAACUAAGCAUUGUGAGUCUCAACAAAUUGUGCUGGAAGACAUGCAACAUAUAACUUUUAAAAGGAAUGCAAUGGAGGCUGUCUGCUCUGAACAGUCAACUCAAGAAUGCAUCCUUGCCGAAGAGUCAACAGAUUCUAUAAAAACUGCCGAAGUAUCAGAGAAAGGAUUUAUGCAAUACGGAUGUUCACAUUAUAGGAGAAGAUGCUACAUUAGAGCUCCUUGUUGCAAUGAGAUAUUCGAUUGUCGCCUUUGUCAUAAUGAGGCAAAGAAUAGCAUCAAUAUUGAUCAAAAGCAAAGGCAUGACAUUCCCCGCCAUCUAGUGAGACAGGUGAUAUGUUCACUCUGUGGCACCGAACAAGAGGUUCGGCAAGUAUGUGGUAAUUGCGGUGUAUGUAUGGGGAAAUACUUCUGCGAGACUUGCAAGUUGUUUGAUGAUGAUACGUCUAAGAAACAGUAUCAUUGCAAUGGCUGUGGAAUUUGCAGAAUUGGAGGGCGUGAGAACUUCUUCCACUGCUACAAGUGUGGUUGUUGCUACUCAAUUCUUUUGAAGAACAGCCACCCUUGUGUAGAAGGAGCUAUGCAUCAUGAUUGCCCUGUUUGCUUUGAGUACUUGUUUGAUUCAACAAAUGAUGUGACUGUUCUGCCAUGUGGACACACUAUCCACAAAAACUGCUUGAAGGAGAUGCAGGAUCAUCUUCAAUAUGCUUGCCCUCUGUGCUCCAAGUCUGUUUGUGAUAUGUCCAAGGUAUGGGAGAAAUUUGACAUGGAGAUUGCAGCUACGCCAAUCCCAGAACCUUAUCAAAAUAAAAUGGUUUGGAUCCUUUGCAACGACUGUGGGAAAACAUCAAAAGUGCAGUACCAUGUGGUGGCUCAGAAAUGCAUGAACUGUAAAUCCUACAACACUCGCCAAACAAGAGGCUGAUCAAGUGCAAUGGCUAGAGCCAUGACUGCUACAUGCGUACUCCAAUGUAUGCACAAGUAAUUGGGGGUUUUUUCCUCGACCUUUCCAGUCAGAACCUCCUGAUCAUCGGGAUCCUUCUUGGUCAUGCAUCUUGUUUCCGGCCAGGAGAUCUGUCAAGAUCCACCCUAUUCUGCCACCUGUUCUCCACCAGGAGACGAUCUUCUGUUUCCUACUUUUUUUUUUUUUUUUUUUCCCCUCAAUUCUUUUUUUCCUUGUACCCUUUUUUGCUUGCACUCAUAGAGACUAGUCUCAUCUGUGGCGAUCAUGCAGACAGCAUGUGUAUGAUUCGUGUCCUUUCUGAAACUUGUGAUACAAUAUAGUAGCGUCUCUCUUGUA